CUGCUUAUAGAACAAGUGAACCGAUUGCGACACCGCACAUAGGACAAAACCCCCUUCCUCUUCUGCAAAUCCUUCUGCCGUCGAAUCGAUAGACGAUAAUGCAAAGAUAGUUGAUAUGAGCAGAGAAGAGCUAGACAAUCCCAUGAUACUAAGAGCAAAACCAGCAGCACUAGCUAUUGUAAAUAACAAUAACUGUUACCACCGAAAUAAUGAAGAAGAAGGAGAGUCAAAGCUCGAACCAAAUGUCGGGUUAGAGUUCGAUUCAGCUGAGGAAGCACAGGAAUUUUACAAUCUCUACGCAACAAAACUCGGAUUCAGAAUUAGAAUCGGUCAGCUUUAUCGGUCACGUGUUGAUGGGUCAGUUAUUUCUAGAAGAUUCGUGUGUUCAAAGGAAGGGUUUCAAACUACUUCCAGAACGGGUUGCCCAGCUUUUAUAAGAGUGCAAAAAGCCGAUUCUGGAAAAUGGGUUUUAGCUAAUGUUAAAAAGGAACAUAAUCAUGAACUCGAAACCUCAGGUGAGAUUUGUCCUUCCCGUGUACAAAGAAAAAAUAUUCCAAAUCUUAAAUCUCCUGUUGUUGUUGUUGUGUCGACUAGGACUGGACUUAGAUCAAUUGAUGAGGAUGGUCCAGGCCCAUCUGGUAUAAUUGAUCUUAAGCGUUUUAAAAGGGAAAGAAUUGAUGUAGAAUUACAGCCUAGAGGUAGUGAACCAUAUAAGGGACUUGAAUUUACUUCUGCUGGUGAAGCAUAUGAAUUUUAUAAUGCAUAUGCUGCUAAUUUGGGCUUUAAAGUCCGGAUUGGCCAGCUGUUUCGUUCAAAAAAUGAUGGGUCGAUUACCUCGCGAAGAUUUGUUUGCUCUAAGGAAGGGCAUCAGCACCCGUCAAGAGUUGGGUGUGGCGCGUUCAUGAGGAUACAGAGACAAGAAACAGGACGAUGGUUGGUUGAUCGUUUUCAAAAUGAGCAUAAUCAUGAACUUGGCCUGCCCGUUGAUGCUAGUGGGAGAGUAAAAGGAUUUAAAGAAGAAGCGAGCAGUGUGUUGGAGAAUAUGGAUUUAGUUGAAUUAAAUGGUGGCCUUAGCCUUGUUACACGAGGCCGGGAGAGUAGAAUUGGCAGUGAUUGGUAUAAUGAGCUUUUUGAGUAUUUCCAGGCUAGGCAAGCAGACGAUAUGGGAUUUUUUUAUGCAGUGGAAAUGCAUAAUGGUAGAGCUAUGAGUGUAUUCUGGGCUGAUGCCCGGUCUAGAUUUUCUUGCACUCAAUUUGGUGAUGCAGUUGUUUUUGACACAACAUAUAGAAAGGGGGGUAGUUACUCAGUGCCACUUGCUUCAUUCAUUGGGAUUAAUCACCACAGGCAGCCGGUGCUUCUUGGCUGUGCCUUAAUUGCGGAAGAGUCUGAAGAGUCAUUUACUUGGGUGUUUCAAGCAUGGCUUCGUGCAAUGUCAGGGCGCCAUCCUGUCUCUAUAGUCGCUGAUCAGGACAGAUCCAUUCAACAUUCAAUUGCUCAAGUUUUUCCGGGAAUACAUCAUCGUUUUUCAGCAUGGCAAAUUAAGGCUACAGAGCAGGAAAAUAUUGGUGCAUUGCUCUCUAUGAAUCCUGAAUUUAAGUAUGAAUAUGAAACUUGCAUUUUCCAGAGCCAGACUGCGAAUGAGUUUGAAGCAGCAUGGAAUGUGCUAGUUAACAAAUAUAAUUUAAGAAAAAACACAUGGUUAAUGGAGAUGUAUAGGAUGCGCAAGAGUUGGGUGCCAUUACACAUU